GAAACGAACUUCAGACAAACAAAAUCCUUGUAUAAAUAUAAUACGAUGGGUGGAUAAAAAGGUUUCAUUUUUACAGCUAUUAAAGGAGUGGCUGCUGAUGUUUUCUCUGCGUCUUCUGUACCAACUCAGGUUUUGAGCUCCUGAUCUGGUAUAUCUCUCGAGAAUCAGCUUCUGGGUUUUCUAAUUCAGAGUGAGUUCUAAUCUGGGUUUUCAAUUUCACAUCAGAAGUGAAGGUUUUGAGCUCUAAAAUCAAGUUGAAUUCGGUUGCAUCAGGACUCCAAAUACGAACCAAUAAUUUCUUUCCAAAUUUCGUAUUCCUCAGUGCGGUUUCUGGGCGUUAUCAUGGCCAAAUGUAAAUAAUUUAUGGGCUUUAGAAUCCAAUAAUCAGGAACUGGGUACAAAAGUGAUUGCUCUGAGACUGUUUAUUUUAUUAAUGAGUGAAGAGUUGUGCAAACACAUGGAGAAACAGAGCAUUUUACGUGCGCCUAGAUUGGAAAAAUUCCCAAGUUUUAAUGGCAUGCCAGAAAAGCCAUCAAUUAAGCACAAAACAAUGAAGAAACAUCUGAGUUUUCGCGGUGUAGAGGAAAAACCAUCAAGCAUGCGUGGAGUAAUGGAAAAACACCCAAGUUUUCAUUGUCCACCAGAAAAUCAGACGGGCAGUAGUGGGUUAAUGGAUAAACAGAAAAAUUUUCGUGGGCUUAUGGAGAAGCAGAAAAGCAUUCGUGUAGUGAUGGAGAGGCAACUCAGUUUCAUUGGUGUUAGUGAGAAGAGGAAGAACAAGGAAUCGCCCGGAAAGCGAGGUGAUUUGCAGCUUCAUUUGACAGCUCGAGCAGGGAAUUUGAGUAGGAUUAAAGAGAUUCUUCAAAAUUGUGAUGAAAAUGAUCUGAAGCAGUUGCUGUUGAAGCAGAAUACGGAAGGGGAAACGCCUGUCUACGCAGCAGCAGAGAAUGGCCAUGCAAUGGUGGUUCGGGAGAUGUUGAAACAUAUGGACUUUGAAGCUGCAUCCAUUAUUGCUAAUAAUGGCUAUGAUCCACUCCAUGUUGCGGCGAAGCAGGGUCAUCUUGAGGUCUUGAAAGAACUUUUAUGUAAAUUCCCCAACUUGGCAAUGACCACAGAUUUAUCCUGCUCAACUGCCUUACACACAGCUGCAACUCAAGGACAUGUUGAUGUAGUCAAUCUUCUUUUGGAAACGAAUUCAAAUCUCGUUCAGAUAACCCGAAAUAAUGGUAAGACUGUCCUUCAUUCGGCCGCAAGGAUGGGGCAUUUGGAUAUUGUCAAAUCCCUUCUAAACAAGGAUCCGGGCACUGGUUUUCGGACCGAUAAAAAAGGUCAAACUGCAUUGCACAUGGCCGUGAAAGGGCAAAAUGAGGAUAUUAUACUCGAAUUAGUAAAACCUGACCCUGCAGUUUUGAGUUUGGAGGAUAAUAAGGGGAACACUGCAUUGCAUAUUGCCAUAAAGAAGGGUCGUACUCAGAAUGCACGUUGUCUGUUGUCAGUUGAGGGUAUCAAAAUCAAUGCGACUAACAAGGCUGGGGAGAGCCCUCUCGACAUUGCUGAAAAAUUAGGAAAUGCAGAACUUGUCUCCUUAUUGAAGGAAGCAGGUGCGACCAAUUCUAAGGAAAAUGGAAGACCCCCUAAUCCAGCAAAGCAACUUAAGCAGACUGUCAGUGACAUAAAACAUGAAGUCCAAUCCCAGCUUCAACAGACCCGUCAAACUGGGGUGAAGGUUCAGAGAAUUGCAAAGAAGCUCAAGAAGCUUCACAUUAACGGCCUCAACAAUGCUAUAAAUUCAGCAACUAUUGUUGCUGUUCUAAUUGCCACUGUUGCUUUUGCAGCAAUCUUUACUGUGCCUGGCCAAUAUGUCGAGGAGAAGGAAGACGGGGCUUCUCCUGGGCAAGCUCAUAUAGGAGACAAAGGACCUUUCAUUGUCUUCUUUAUCUUUGACAGCCUAGCAUUAUUCAUCUCCUUGGCUGUUGUUGUAGUCCAGACUUCUGUGGUAGUUAUUGAGGAGAAGGCAAAGAGACAGCUGGUCUUUGUGAUUAACAAGCUCAUGUGGCUGGCUUGCCUCUUCAUUUCAAUUGCAUUCGUUUCUCUUACUUAUAUAGUUGUGGGCAAGGAAUACAUGUGGCUCGCAGUGUGUGCAACAGUGAUUGGAGGCACGAUCAUGCUAACUACUAUUGGGUCCAUGUGCUACUGUGUCAUUGUACAUAGGAUCGAAGAGAAAAAACUGAGGGAUAUAAGGAGAGCUGAGAGUCGCUCGCGAUCUUAUUCUAUGUCAGUGGUAUCCGAUUCAGAGAUUUUGAACAGUGAAUACAAGAGGAUGUAUGCGCUUUAAAGUAAUCGAAAUGGAAGAACAUCUAGAAGAAGAUGCAAUGAGGUACUCUACCCUUUCAGCUCCCGCUCUAGCAGUCAUCUUUCGUCAUGUGAACUUGAGCUGAGGUGUUCCUUGGCCUAGCGAACGAGGAUGAGAACAAGUGCCAUGAAUCAGCCAUCCGGAUGUGGUCACUUAUGUUGCAUCGGCUGCCCUAUAUGUACUUUUAACAUGAAUACCUUGAAAUGUAGUGACUUGAUUCUCAGGAUGAAUUUGGUAGUACAGGCAAUUAAGAAUAUACCUAAUGUUCAAGGGCAGACAAAUUUGGCCAGCGAGUGAUGUCUAUUCCAGUGUAUGCUUUGGUGUAUGCCCAUUUUUAUGUAUAAAUAUUGCAAUAUUUGCGACGUUGAUGAACAAUUAGAAUAUUUAGAAGAGUUUUCUUCUAUCCUUUUUGAGUUUUUGA